AUGCCAUCUAGAUUCUCUACCUUUAACUUGUCGAGAUGUCGACAUCUCACACGUGUCUUUACAUCAUUACAUGCUCUACAUAAUGCUGCUAGACUAGAGAGCUCCUCCUCAAGCCUUGCCAAUGAAGAUUUAUUCCCGUCUGCUCCGGAAAAACGUACCUGGACAGCAGUCGAUUUCUUCGCCUACUGGUGGAGUGAGUCUUGGGCGGUUGCAGCGUGGUCAAUUGGAGCCUCCUUAAUCACACUAGGAGCAACUAUCAGAGAUGCAGUGCUGAUAGUUCUAUUUGGGAAUAUCCUGACUUCCAUUGUGAUUGUAUUGAACGGAAGGGCAGCAGCAGCAUAUCACAUUGGCUUUCCAGUCCAGUCAAGGGCUAGUUUUGGAAUAUACGGACAAUACGUUGUUGUCGUUAUCCGUGCAUUGGUAGGGAUCGCCUGGGGUGGUGUGCAGCUAUAUUACGAGGGACAGUUUCUUUCCAUAUGUCUUCGUUGCAUAUUCCCUGGAUGGAGUCGUAUUCCAAACACUAUACCUGCAAACCAAUCUAUUACCGUACAAGGAUUGAUCGGUUUCUUCCUUGCGUUCCUAUCUGCUCUCCCCUUCACAUUUAUCCACACAACAAAGAUCCGGCAUAUGUUUAGUGUAAAGGCUGUCAUAGUGCCCCUAGCUGGUCUAGGAACCGUAUGCUGGGCCAUCACUGCCAACAAAGGGAUUUCUGCAGACAAGCUCGUGGAUGAAUCAAAGCGAGAGUCAACUUCCAUCUUUGCAUGGGCGCUUAUCUCCCAGCUCAACGCUGUACUAGGUACCAACUCCGCUUUGAUUGUCACCGUCCCCGAUCUUGCUCGCUAUUCGACAAAUCGAAAUGCACAGGUAUACGGACAGGCGCUGGGGCUACCAUUAUCUCAGACCAUAUGUGCAGCAUUUGGCAUAAUUACCACGGCUGCAGUGAAGAACAUGUACGGGGAAGCAUAUUGGAAUCCUUAUGACCUUCUUAACGGUAUUCUUGACCAUGGCUAUACUCCCCAAGCGCGAGCAGGGGUUUUCUUUGUGGCUGCUUCAUGGGCAUUCGCCACAUUGGGGACGUCUAUUGCCUGCAAUGCCGUACCAUUCGCUGCUGAUAUCACCUGCCUUGCACCAAAAUACGUCAACAUCGUUCGAGGGCAGUUCGUCUGGCUAAUCAUGUCACUAGCAAUUGUGCCUUGGCGCCUUGUUGGAACUGCCAAUAGCUUCCUCCGCUUCCUAACUGGAUACUGCAUCUUCCAGGGCCCCGUGGUUGGAAUUAUGUUGGUAGACUACUUCCUCGUCCGACGGGGCAAUCUAUACCUACCAGACCUAUACCGCCACUCAUCAACAGCGCGAUACUACUUUACCAAGGGUUUCAAUAUUCGUGCUUUUGCUGCAUUUAUUAUCGGCUCCUUACUUCCCCUACCAGGGCUGGUAGGAAGCAUUGGAAAGUCCUUCUCCAGUGCAGCUGAUCAUAUGUUUUCUCUAGGCUGGAUACUUAGCUUCUUAGUUGGUAGUCUUACAUAUUGGGUUCUCUGCAUGGUGUUCAAGAUUCCCGGCGAUGAUGCUCUCUAUAGGUUUGAGGAGAAGGUGGCAGAAGCAGAGGAAAUGGUGCGCCGUGGAGACGAAAACUCCCCGUCUUUCGAGGUAAAAGGCGAUGCAUCAUCACAGGCCGAGGAUAUUGAACAGCAGAGAAGGACAUCAGACCCCUUGCGGGGCACUGUAUGA